AUGGAUGCUCGUCCAAAGGUGAUAUACCUCCCAGACACUAUGGUUAACUGGCCCUGGCCUCGUACCAUCAAUUCUCAUUUUGAAGAUGUGAAAGCUGAAGUCGAUGUGUUGGUCCGUGAUAUCACUCCGAGUCCUGAGUUCCAGGCGUCAUACAUUAAAUGCGAGAUCGUGGUACACCGAUCGGCAAAUGAGACGGUCACAAAGGAAAUCGCAGAUAUCAUACUCGAUGUCCUACACAAUCCUCAAAAGAUACGACCAGAAGGCGAAUGCAUCAUCAGCGAAAAAGAACUUUUGGGUAGGUUUUGGGUCCAUGUAAUCCAAUUCGCAAGCAUGUCUUCUCAACGUCACUUCCUUGCAACCUUUGCAAACAGUUGGUGUAACACCAUGUUUAUCGAUAUAUACGAAAUGGGGAUGGACCUUCCUGAUGAAGUGUUCUACCAUCCCAUCAUCAGGGAUCUCAUCAAAUGCAUUUCAGACUUAAGUUCGAUCGAUAAUGACAUGAUCUCAUACAACAAAGAGCGAGCAGCUGGGAACGAAGACCAUAACUUGAUUAGUGUUAUCAUGUUGGAACUUGGCCUCGACAUAAGCGGUGCGAUUGCUUGGGCAGCACAUUAUCACGCUGGAGUUCAGAAACGAUUUAUCGACAGUCUUUCCAAGGUUCCUUCAUGGGGGCCUUUCGUCGACGUCCUAGUCAAUGAGUACCUUGACGGAUUGAAAAACUGGCCUCGAGCAAACUAUUCUUGGAGCUACGAGAAUCAAAGGUACUUUUUCAUCGAGAAGCUGGAAAUACAACAAACCAGGCUUGUCCCAUUGUUACCAAGGCUUGAGCAUGCGAUGUUGUAG